GAACCCAGUGGAUGUGAAAACCAAUCAGUGUUAACCAUUAUGUUAACGGCAAGACUUGGAGGACAGCGAAGCAAAUGCAAAAUGUUUGUCCUUUCUGAUUCUGACAUUAUUUAUUCAAAACAUUGAUAGCUAGCUACUUCUGACAUGCAGUUUACACCCAGCUCCUCAACCAUGAUCUCUGAUGCCCCGUAAAACAAGAAAGAAAUCUUUGCCAUACUCACAGAAGCCGUCGCUGUUGUUUUUUGAGCCACCACUUGAUGACGCCAGAUACCACAAUGUGCCUCAAGUGAGAGGCGCACUCAAUCCCAAGUCAUUUCUAGAUGAGGAGCAGCGACAGAACAGCUGCGCAGCCUGUAGUUCUUGGGUGAGUCCACAGUUUGAUCAGUUACCGCCCCCUGCACCCAGAGGAAGGCGAGGGAGGAAGAAGUGCCUCUCUGCACCAAGCAUUCUUGACAGGAGUUCUAACUUAUCCAGAAAAGGUAGUGUUUGCAAGUUCCAAGCCUUAUCCUUUCAGAGAAGGUCAACAGCCCAACCUCUCCAUCAAAAGCAUGCACGUAGAAAGAAAGCUGUAGAAUCUGCUCUUGGGGCCCAUGAGGAGCAGCAGGGCUUGCAAGUUCAUAAGGUUGGUUCUCUAAGUACAGAGUACUUAAGUAACCAAGAUGAAACGGAGACACCAACACAGAUAACUUCUCUCAGGAAAGGGACAGCUGAGAGGAGACGGUUGUCAGAGAUAACACCGGAAGAUGCAGCAUCAACCUCCAGCAGAUGUGUGGGGGUCCUUAGAACGUCAGCUGGCAAUGUUGCCAGACAUGGCAAGAGCCCAGCGUCAUGCUCUGCUCAGACUCCUGCCUCAGCAACACACCACACCCCUGGCACGGACAAUGUUUUCUCCCCACUUGAUGUAGAGACUCCAGAGUUACACCAUGAUGGAAGUUCCUCCUUUCUUCGCCUCCUGUUGCCACAGCCGAUGACCCCGCCACAUACUGUGACUUCAGAGAUUUUAGCAACAGACACCCCAGAGAGGGACUAUGGAGUCAAGGUUACAUGGAGGAGGAGGAAAGGGCUGAUGAGGUUGCUGAUGGACCGAGGUUAUCUUUCAAGUGCAGAGGCACUAAUUAGCAUCUAAUCAACAUAACUGUUAAUGUUGACAUUUUACUAUCAUGUUCUGCAAUUAACACUGAAUUGUAGUUAACACCACAUGAAUAAAUUAGUCCACUGAUUGAAAGUGAUAUGUUGCAAUAACUAUAAUAUUAUUGAGUCCACUCAAUUGUUUUGCUGCUCGGAAUAACGUUGUCCAUGUGCAGUUGGUAGAUCAGCCCAUUAUGGAUGUGGCUCUGUCUAGGUUCUUGUUUUCUUUGUACCCUGGGUCCACAUUAAAUCUUUUUAAAAAUCGGUUGUUUUUCAAUUUUACAUAAAUGCAUAAUGAAUGUUUGUGUUGUGAGUGUUACAACACUAGCUAGUAACUUUGG